CAGAGCUGGUGGUUGUGACUCAGACAGGCCAGAGUCCUACAAGAACAAUACCUGGAGACCUCAAUGUGGAUAUUCCUCGAAGAGAGAUCAAGACCCGUCAGUUUCACCUGUGAAACCAGGCUUUAUUUCGCUCAGCGGUGCUUCUCGUACAACUUCACCGUGGGUAUCCGCACCCACUCAAUCCCAUAAUUUCUUCCGUUUCUGCGGUUCACUUUUGCUUAGAGCCGUGGGCCUAAACCAAGGCUAAAAAGCCAAAAGUCUGCAUUUUGUUCAUAAAAACUCCCGCAUGUAAAUAUUUCCCCGGAACCAUAUCGCUCUCAUAGCAACGGUGGCCGGCACUCCCUGUGCAUACAUUGGGGAUUAGUUGGACAUAUCCUCCCAGCGCAGUACGAAACCAUCAGUAUACUCACAUAACCACAUCCUCUUUCAUUCCCACAGGCAUAUUUGCUUGCAAGACAUGGCACCAAUGCAACCAGACAGUCAGUUCUCGCAGCUGACAACAGCACCGCACGAUGAGGUAUUUGCUCUCAUGGGUGCGUUCAGCGCUGACCCGUGUCCGGACAAGGUGAGUCUGGGAGCCGGUGUAUAUAGAGACAACGAAGCGAGAAGUUGGAGGUUACCCACCGUAAAGAAGGUCGAGCUGCAACUCCUCGACGACCCGACGUUCGACCACGAAUAUCUUCCCAUCGCGGGCUACCCACCGUUCAUUGAACUUUCCCGGGAUCUUGUGUUCGGCGGAGCAGACUCGCCUGUAGACAAGGACCAGAUUGCCAGCUUGCAGACCGUCUCUGGUACUGGAGCGAACCACAUCGGCGCUCGAUUCCUCGCGGAUUUCUUGCCUCCCCUCGUCCACGGAAAGAAGCGAAAGGUCUGGAUCUCCGACCCAACAUGGGUCAACCACCACCUCAUCUGGGAACUCGUGUCGUCAGGAACGACGGGAAGCCCCGUGGAACGCCGCACAUAUCCAUACUACCAUGCGCCCACUCGAACGCUGGACUUCGAUGGCAUGAUUAACGUCCUGGAGAAGGACGCUAGCAUGGGAGAUGUCGUACUCCUCCACGCGUGUGCACACAAUCCCACCGGUAUCGACCCAACCAGAGCCCAGUGGCACAAGAUCGCAGAUCUUUGUGAACGCAAGGGCCUGUUCCCGUUCUUCGACUCCGCAUAUCAGGGGUUCGCUUCCGGCGACCUAAACAACGAUGCUUGGCCCAUCAGAGAAUUCGCUUCACGCGGUAUGGAACUCUGCGUCGCGCAGAGCUUCAGCAAAAACCUCGGCCUGUACGGUCAGCGCGUGGGCGCGUUCCACCUUGUGUGUCGCAGCGCCGAUGCUGCAGCAAAGGCAAGAUCGCAAGCCAUGGAGAUCCAACGAGGAGAGAUUUCCACUCCACCAGCAUAUGGUGCAAGAAUCGCCGCUGCCGUGCUCAGUGAUCCAGCCCUCCGAGACACCUGGAAGCAGGACCUUAUCACGAUGAGCAGCAGAAUUAAGUCCAUGCGACGCGCCCUGUACGACGAGCUCAAGCGUCUCCACACCCCGGGAACAUGGGAGCACAUCAUCAACCAGAUCGGCAUGUUCUCCUACACGGGCUUGACCAAGGAGCAGGUUCGAGUCCUGCGUCAGAAGUAUCACAUCUAUAUCCUUGAUUCGGGCCGCAUCUCAAUUUCUGGAUUAAAUACCAGUAACGUCAAAUACGUCGCUCAGGCUUUUGACACCGUCGUACGAGAGUGUCCCGCUGCAAAUGGCAAGCCGCACGAUCCCUGAAAUGGUGCAACAUUUGCAGACCCGAUAUCACAAGUAUGUUAUGACAACCAAGUAAAUAGCGCUAAGAUCCUUUUUUUUUUUUUUUUUUGGGGUAUAAGUAUACUCCUAUACUCCUGAUAUGUCCUCUGUUGGGUUGUCAGUUUCUAUUCUGUGACAUCGAUGUUGAUAUCUGUGUAUGUUA